AGCCUGCUGCAGGACCAUAGGACAGGGACCAGCAGACCGCAGGACCCAGACCUUAGACCGGACUAUAGCGCAGGGACCGGACCCGCAGCCCACCAGGACCCAGACCUUAGACCGGACUAUAGCGCAGGGACCGGACACCAGCCACCACGGACCCCAGACGGACCCAGACCGGACUAUCACCGCCCGUCCAGUUGGAUCCAUCAGCGUAACCUUCUCCGGUAUCUGCGUCGCUCUCGUGGCUUCGACGCCAUGGUGAAGUGCUCGGCAUGGCGCCUGCUCCUCCUGCAGUCCGUCCUCACAGCGGGAGUCCUCUCUCAGGGCGACUUCAGCCUGGAAGACGCACUGGAUCCCGAUGUCCCGCCCACAGCUCGCGGCCGAACCACCAAAGCCCCGCCCAGCCUCCUGCCCACCAAGCCCAAGGGGCGGGCCCCGCCCCCCCGAGCGGCCACGCCCAGGCCCGGUGGGAUAUCAGACGACGAUCUCUUUGGCCUCGUUAAGGAUGAAGACUACAAACCGGACAAAGGCAAAGGCAACCAACCCAGCGACGGAGAGAAAGGCCAAACCGAUCUAACUGGCUCCGGGGCCGAGGUGGGCACCAUCGGCGGCAUUGUGAGUGCGGUUGCCAUGGCGCUGGUGGGGGCGGUCACCAGCUACAUCUCCUACCAGAAGAAGAAGCUGUGCUUCGGGAUCCAACAGAGUCUGAAUGUGGACAUGAUGAAGUCAGAGGCCCCCGACGCCGUGGUGGCCACCGAACCACAAGUUCAACAGUCGCUGAUGGAAACCAAGGCUGAGCGACCGCCAAGGGGAGGUCCCAGUGCGAUCAUUGGAUGACUGCUGCUCACUUCCUGUUCCAAGGGGGAGGUCCCAGUGCGUUCAUUGGAUGACUGCUGCUCACUUCCUGUUCCCAGGGGGAGGUCGCAGUGCGUUCAUUGGAUGCGUAGUCUGUACACUGAAGUGGUCUUGGCUCUGGACCUGGUCGACAAACCCCCCAGGUCCUGGUCCACAGACUGCCCCCCCCCCCCCCCAGGUCCUGGUCCACAGACUAGGGUCACAACAGGGCCACCACAGGGCCAGGCCAGCCCAGGGCCAC